UCAGCAGGGGGAGGUCUAGCCCCCAGCUCUAUUUCUGAGUGGCUUAACUGGCUCCAACCGCCCAGUCUGCCCUAUCAGAUGGAAGCGCCCGGGGCUAUUUCCCUGCAGCUGGGAGUCAAUGCACUGUGUGCUCUAAAGCUGCAUCUGCCCUUGGGGCUGCCCACUCCCUCUUCUGAUCCCCUGGGCGGAGGAGAGACCUAACUAAGCAGGGCUUGGACUACAUCUCCCAGCGUGCCUGUCAGAGUGGUGGCCUCUGUGCGUCGGCUGCACCCGUUGCGGGCAACAAUGCAGCGGGCUGGGAGCAUGAUGUCCCGUCUGGGCUCGUGUCUCCAGGCGCUCCCCUCGGCCCUGCGCCGUUCUCUCAGUAGUGCACAGGACGUGCUCCGCAGGACACCACUCUAUGACUUCCACCUGGCCCAUGGCGGGAAGAUGGUGGCAUUCGCAGGCUGGAAUCUGCCUGUGCAGUACCGGGACAGCCACGUUGACUCACACCUGCAUACACGCCGGCACUGCUCGCUCUUUGAUGUAUCCCACAUGCUGCAGACCAAGAUAUUUGGCCAUGACCGGGUGAAGCUGAUGGAAAGUCUAGUGGUUGGAGAUAUUGCAGAGCUAAAGCCAAACCAGGGAACACUGUCGCUGUUUACCAAUGAGGCUGGCGGCAUCUUAGAUGACUUGAUUGUGACCAACACCUCUGAGGGACACCUGUAUGUGGUGUCCAAUGCUGGCUGCUGGGAAAAGGACCUGACCCUCAUGCAGGACAAGGUUAGGGAGCUUCAGAAUACGGGCAGCGAUGUGGGUCUGGAGGUGAUGGAUAAUGCCUUGCUAGCCCUACAAGGCCCCACUGCGGCCCAGGUGCUACAGGCUGGCGUGGCAGAUGAUCUGAGGAAACUGCCCUUCAUGACCAGUGCUGUGAUGGAGGUGUUUGGCGUGUCUGGCUGCCGUGUGACCCGCUGUGGCUACACAGGAGAGGAUGGUGUGGAGAUCUCGGUGCUGGCAGCGGAGGCAGUCCGCCUGGCAACAGCUCUGUUGGAAAACCCAGAGGUGAAGCUGGCAGGGCUGGCGGCCCGGGACAGCCUGCGCCUGGAGGCAGGCCUCUGCCUGUAUGGGAAUGACAUUGAUGAACACACCACACCUGUGGAAGGCAGCCUCAGUUGGACAUUGGGGAAGCGCCGCCGAGCUGCUAUGGACUUCCCAGGAGCCUCGGUCAUUGUUCCCCAGCUGAAGGGCAAUGUGCAGCGGAGGCGUGUGGGGUUAAUGUGUGAGGGGGCUCCUGUGCGGGCGCACAACCCUAUCCUGAGUACAGAGGGUACCGUGCUUGGUGCUGUGACCAGUGGCUGCCCCUCACCCUGCCUGAAGAAGAAUGUGGCGAUGGGUUAUGUGCCCUAUGAGUACAGUCGGCCAGGUACCCUGCUGCUGGUAGAGGUGCGGCGAAAGCAGCAGAUGGCCAUGGUCAGCAAGAUGCCCUUUGUGCCCACAAACUAUUAUACCCUUAAGUGAGGAUGACUUGGAGCAGGGCCCUCUCCUCCAGGAGCCUUACCCUGGAGGGCAUUGUACAAGGGGUUAGUCAGGAAGCUGAGGCAGAACACACUUGGGGUAGGUGGCUAGGUGGAGGCUGGUACUGGUUGUCUGGGUAACGGGGUCACACCACCUAUUCCCACUUCAUCCUGUGCCACCUGCAACUUCAAGACCCCAUUUCUGAGUGAUGGACCAGCCCACAGUCCCAUUGACCCCACUCUUGCCUGCUGGAGAAGCAUCAGUUCUGGCACCUCGCCCUUCCACUCUGCCAGGUGCUGCCUGUGGAGAAAGGCUCACCUUUAGGGGGAGGAGAAAGCCUGCCCAACCUACCUCACCACGGUUUUUCACGCUGUAAAGGGUCAUUACCUUGGGCAGUGCUGGCUACCUCCUCUGGUUCACUUUCCAUGAAUUCAAACUGUUGCCUCUUCCUGGGCAGGGAUGAUUCCUGACUCACAGAGGGUUGGCCUAGUAGGGCUGUGGUGCCCGUCUGUAAACUUGGGGAUGGCUGAGGGGGGCAUGGACUCAUUCUUCCACAUUCUCCAGUUGGCCCAGCCUGCUGCCCAGCAGCCAGCCAUGCCAGGCUCACCACCUGUUCUGAGCCCCACAGCUGUUGUAGGGCAGGCUGGGCCUCCUCCCAGACUUGCCUUAUCCUGGGCUGACCUUCGUCCCUGGGACUUAUUACUGGACUCCACUGACUCCUAAAAAAAAUAAAACAUUAAAUGAGCUUCCUUCCUUCUUGCU